GUGUGUGGCAUGCCUGUGUGUGUGUGUGUGUGUGUGUGUGUGUGUGUGUGUGUGUGUGUGUGUGUGUGUGUGUGUUUGUGGAUAUGUGGCUGUACGGUGUGUGUGAAUGUAAAGAAAAAAAUAUAAAGUACGAAAAUUAUGAAAUGAAGCGGAUGAAACCAAUGAAUAUCAGUGUACAAGGCAGAAGACAAAGGGAAGACUUUCACAAUUUUGAAAGCAAUAAAAACAUCACCGAAAAGUACUCACCAAACAGUGUAUAAAAAUAAGCAGAAAGGUAUGAGUGAUAGAAAAAAACGCACUGAAAUUUUCAGUGUUAAUCAACGAUAAUAUAUCGUGAUGGACAGCACGUGGUAGACUUUAUCAUAAUGAAGAGGGAUGGAGGUGAUAAUGAAGAGUGAUGGAAAAUACUGUAUAAAUGGUAGAGUGAUGGAUAAAGAGAUUGAACUUAAUGGAGUGGACAGGAGGUGUUGGAAUGCGAUGCAGAGUGAUGGAGGUUGAUGAAGAGUGAAUAGAGAAUGUCAGAUGAUGAAGAGCGAUGGUGAUAAUGAUAUAAGAGGAAUUUGGGAUUGAGGAAUAAGGUGAAUAAAAGAUGGUGAGAGAAAAAUGUUUUAAUAGGAUAAAACGAAAUGGAAGGCAAGCAAGAAGAAGAAACAGAAGGAAUAGGGAGAGUAAUUGGCAGUGUGUGUGUGUGUAUGUGUGUGUGUGUGUGUGUGUGUCUGUGUGUGUGUGUGUGUGUGUGUGUGUGUGUGUAUGUGUGUGUGUGUGUGUGUGUGUGUGUGAGCAGACGGGAGGAGAGAAAUGGCCACGUUGACAGAGGAAUCCCAACUGCGUAAAUAAGUGACAGGAAUAUUGCGACACAGAUUUAUUGAAGAUGACGGCGACGACGUUGCUACUUGUUGUCAUAUCUGCGGCGCCAAUUUGAAGCGACGUCACGUAGCGAGAAGACAGAGAGCGACUGCCCUAGCGGAGCGCCGACAGACACGAGGGUCAGGAAACCUACGUCUUCAUGGAGUGUAGGGUUUCGUAGCGCCUCCUUUGUUCGUCGGGAAGUUGGACUUGCGGCGCUCACGUCUGCGUCAGGAUACUGUGACAGCUCCGUUUACAGCUUCCUUCUUUGCCCUUUUUGCUGGGGAUCUCCCAUAUUGAUUCGAUGUACCGAGUAGGCUGCGAGCAACCCACGGCCGGACUCAAGACGGCGUUUCACAAUGACUCGAAGCGCUAGGAUACGGCUUAUUGUGGACUUGCCAGGAGUGAAUCCAGACUGCUGCGGUCUCUGUAGCCUUAGCAAUUUAAGCAAAUGGAAGUCCUAUUAUCUCUGCUGAUGUUGAUAACCUUCAUUGCAAAGCUUCAGGCGACUGCGGUUCACAGAAUUGCGGUAGUCAUGGACGCCGACGACCCGAAGGCGGCGCGGACGGCGGAGGCUCUCGAAGAUGCCGUCCUCAGGCCGCUCGCAGGAGAAGCGGCCCUCAGGGUGCAGCUCCUAGAGGCCCGUCGCCGCGCCCUCAGGAAUAUGACCGUCGAACUGAACAAGAGUGAGGGCGUGGUGGCGGUAGGGCGGUGCUGGCUCAUGGGAAAAGCCGGCGAGCUGAGAGUGCCAGUGCUAGGCGUGGCUACGGAGGAGACGUGCCUUGCCAGAGACGAGGGUUUUGGUCACCUCACUCUUCUGUUUCUCAAAGAAGAGUUUUCGAGAUGCGCCUACGAGUUGGCCCGGAGGUGGGUGCUGCGGGUGGCGUCGGGGCGUCCGUUGGCGAGUGCGGAUGGCGUCCUCGGCGUCCGUCGAAACAGCUUGACGCAGGCCGUCGUCCGUCGCGUGGGAAUGGGCGGCCACACGAGCUCUUGCCCGAGUCCAGUCAGAAGCGCCGUGAAGAGGUCAGCGGAGUUGGUCAGAAUCCCCGAGAUGACCAAUGCGCAGAAGGUCAAGGCUGAAGCAAGGGCAAUCCUCAGUGGACAUGUUCUCUCGGUCGUCCUCAAGCAUCGGCCUCCGUACGUGAGUUUGGUGAAGGACGGACGGAGGGUCGCUGCCGCCUCGGGGAUUCUCAUUGAGGUCCUGGACAGCAUGGCCGAGAUCUACAAUUUUACGUACACCCUGAAACUGCCUGACGAUGACCAGUGGGGAUCGCUGAAGAAGGAUGGGUCGUGGACGGGGAUGGUCGGGGAAGUCUACAGAGGGGAACAGGAGAUGGCCCUGGGUCCUACGUCCAUCACGGAGGAACGAGAAAAAGCCAUCGACUUCACCGUGCCCUUUGACUACGAGCCCUGGGACAUCCUCAUUCCUCAGUCCAUCCAGAAAAUUGACUUCACUGCCUAUCUCUUUCCCUUCAGCGGCGUGGUAUGGGCGGCGACACUGGCCUCCCUAGUGGUAGUGGGCAUGGUCAUGUUCCUCAUGGUGGAUUUCAUCAGGAGGCAAAACAUAUCUGACGAGUUACCGAGGCAGUACUCACUCCCUCACUUUGUGUUCAACUGCCUAGGGUCCUUGUUAUGUCAGGCCAACAAACAACCUCAACCAGGUGCGUCGAGGGUAAUGUCCGGCUUCUGGUGGAUUUUCUCCGUCAUUUUCAUCGCCUCAUACUCCAGCAAACUCAUUUCCUCUCUCACUGUGCGCUUCACCGUCCCCCCUGUGACGUCACUGAGGGAUAUGGUCGAGUCUAAGAAGCUCCUGUGGACUUACUUGGCGAACAGUGCAAUGGAGGAGAUCUUCCGGAAUUCGGCUCCAGACACCACCUUCGGCAUGGUGGGGCAGCUGCACAAGGACCGGCCGGGGCUCCUCGUGGGGAGUUUCGAAGAAGGCGUCGAAGCGGUUCGGACGCAGAAGUUUGCUUACCUCGAGGACAAUUCUUGGCUGGAGUUUGCUGUGGCUGACGAAGAGGCGCUGUACGGAGAGUGUCGCAUGACUGUCGUUAGGGAUAAUUUCUUCGCGACGAGGUUCGGGAUCAUAUUGCAGCCUGGAUCACCGUACAGAGACGCCUUUACAAUACACAUCCUCGAGGUUAUCCAGUCGGGGUUGAUGGCCGUCUGGAAGAAGAAGUACUGGCCGGUGUCCCGCUGCAUCGGGUCGAGCAAAAAGGCGCCGCUAAGGUCACUCAACAUCUUGGACUUGGCUGGGACUUUCGUGCUCCUCGUGGCCGGCGCCAUGGUGUCUGCCUUGACCCUGAUCCUGGAAAUCCUGGUGGCUAGGGCGAAGGGCGGGGCAGCGAGUGACUGAAGAGAUGGUUUUUGUUUGUUUGUUUGUUUAUUUAUUAUUAUAGUCCAUGACUGUUGUUGUUUCUUUGAGUCGUUCGUAUUUUUUUUUUUUUUUUUUUAUCUCUCUCUUCGGUAUUCCUAGCUUGUGUAUCAGUUCGUUGCUUUUCUUUGCUCAUGUCCUAUCUCUUUUCUAUUUUUCAUGUAUAUUUUUUCACUCUCUCUCUCUCUCUCUCUCUCUCUCUCUCUCUCUCUCUCUCUCUCUCUCUCUCUCUCUCUCUUUCU